AUGGCGCGAACACCUUCACCAGCGAUUAGGUGCCUUGGCGCGCUCAUAGUCGUCGCCAUUACUGCUCAACAAUGCAACGCUCAGUACUACGGGAAACUCAUCGGCAAGUUAUCAUCGUUUCAUCACGGCGUUAGUGGCGAAGUUUACGCCGUGGACGCAAGGACGCUGUUCAUCAAAGACUUCAACUACGAUGGCGAGGCACCAGCUGCCUGGUUCUUCGCCGGCAACUCGAAAACCGUUGGUGUCAAUGGCUUCAAACUUCGGGAUGAACAAGGAACAUUAAAUCCUUUGAAGCGAUACAGGAAAAAAGACGUAACGCUAACACUGCCAGAGGGUAAAACACUCAGCAAUAUCAAAUGGUUCUCCGUAUGGUGCGAAGAAUUUGCCAUCAAUUUCGGCGACGUGAAGAUUCCACGUAACUUUGAGCAUCCCAGACCACAAAAGUUAGCCGGACUUGCUGGCGUUCACGGUGUAAGCUCAGAGCCAGUGGUUGUCGUCGACGCGCAAACGCUUCUCCUGCCAAGUUUCAGCUACGACGGCGAGGCGCCAGAUGCCAAAUUCUGGGUAGGAUCUGGACCAUCACCAUCACCACAAGGUAUUCGAGUGCCCGAUGAGAAUGGCAAAGAAGUGCCACUACGACGUUACGAUCGUAAAACUAUUGUUUUAACUCUACCCGGUGAAUUGACGAUUCAUCAGCUUGGACACUUCGGCGUCUGGUGUGAAGCUUUUGCUGUUGAUUUUGGACACAUACAGAUUCCACAAAGUCUUAAUGUACCACCGUCACUUAAGAUGCUAGGUGUUUCGCCACAGUCAAAGCUUAACUGCGAAGUUCUAGACGACGGACUGGCAUUUGAAGUUCGAUGGGCCGUCGCUGGGGACAGUAUAGUCGUCCAACUUGUUGGGAAACUUGGUGUGAACGAAUAUAUGUCAUUUGGUUUAUCUGGCGACCCUAAGCGCAGUCAAAUGGUGGGUGGCGACGUUGUAGUCGCAUGGGUUGACAAGCAAACCCUUCAAGGCUAUGCUAUCGACUACUAUCUCGAUGCAAAGUCUCAGUGUUCUGGUGGACGUGGCAGCUGUCCUGAUUUGAGGAUCCAGGAUAACUCAAACUCAGUGCGUCUAUUAAACGCAGCGAUGGUGAACGGAUAUAGUAUCGUUACAUAUCAACGUCCUUUGAAGUCUGACGAUGAAUUAGACCAUCAGAUUUAUACAAAUGGCUCGCAAGCGAUAAUUUGGGGUGUUGGACCUUUGAAUGACAAAGGCGAGGUCAGUUUCCAUAGCCACUAUCUCAGGGGUGACAGAUUCAUUGAGUUUAGUAGACCGCCUGCCUGGAAUUGCCCGAUCUCUGAGCUUUCGGAUGAACCUCAACCUCCUCCUCUACAGCAUCAACAACAGCAACAGCAGUCGCAACAACUGAAUCUGGUUGCAACAACACGGCGACCACUGAGACCACUAGCUACCCCAGCUCCAGCGCCUAAGACAGACGCUUGGGAAAUACCGCCAAUUCAAUGCUUCGAGCCAGAUGACGGUGUGUUGUACGCUCAGAUGGGACCAACCGGUGGCAAACAUGGUUACCCUGCUAUCACCGGUCACGUAGGCUGGGGCAUCUCGUGGUACAUAAAUGGCCUGUUAAUUCCUGAGAUUCACGUAGUUCGUGGUAAGAAGUAUACUUUUGUGGUAGAGGGUGGCGAUAAUCCUGAAGCGCCAGCACUUUACCACCCGUUCUACAUUACUGACGAUCCUGUGGGCGGAUACCAACACAAGACACCCGAGGAACGAGCGAAUGUGACGAUUUACGCAGGAGUACGUCGUCAACGCGGUGUAGUGAGACCAACGGGCAUUGGGCGUUCGUGUAACUGGACGCCAGAUCAGAAUCUACCACCGGCUGAUGAGUUUUCAUCGUUUGGCGCCUACCAACGCACGCUUACUUUGAUAUGCGAACCUGGCGAACCAGGUAUUGUCACGUGGGUGCCAGAUGAGAAUACUCCAGAUACCGUCUAUUAUCAGUGUUUCACACACCGUUAUCUUGGCUGGAAAAUCCACGUACACGACACAUGCGAUGUACAGCCCCAAGGCUCAGCAAGCGAGCAACAUGAGGUGAGAGUACAAUCAGAUCCAGAAGAAUUUUCAUCGUCAUUAGAUCUUAAACCAGAGGCAAGCAUACGUGCUAGUCCAAGCAAGGUAACGCCUUCGCCGGAGUUCCUCCAGCGUCACCAGGAAUACGCGGCGCAGGAUUACGAUUACACGCGUAAUCAUCACAACCACCACCAUAAUAAGCUAAUAUCAGGUCUUUAUCAUCACCACAAUCACGGUUAUCAUAACUAUAACCGGUUCUCAUCGCCCAAUCAUCAUCACGAUCAUCAUUAUCUAACCCAUAUAGCCGCGGAGGAUCGACGUCGUGCACCCUAUGACGCAAUCGGUUACAUGAUACAGCGCGGGGGUAUUAUUAACAAUAACAAUCAUAACAAUAAUAACAACCACCAUAAUCCAUUUGAACAGGCAGCUUACUUCACUCAAGAGCAACAGCCAAGUUCGUACUUAGCUCAGGCCGACGUAAAUCAGUCUAAACUAAUUACAGAUCAACACCAUGUAGUCAGACGACCAUCGGCAGUUCUCAGUGCUCCCUCUGCUGUAGCUACAGGCCAGAAUUUCGUCUAUUCCUUGCAGCCACCACCCCCGCAGCAAAAUCAAAUCAUGAUGCUAUCCAGAAGACCAACAGUUCAAGCUCCUGCGUACUUUCAGAUGCCUAUAAGAAAGUCACCCAUGACCUCUUCUAUGACACCGUUUCAACAACCACCUCUUGUCAGACCGCCGUUCUACGAGAGAAAGAAGGCUGUAUUCAAAGGUCCCAUGACUUCUAGAAUGCAAACACUCAUUAAACCAAAUUAUCAUCAGCAACUCUAUUAUCAUCAUCAGCCAACAAAAUUUAUGAAGUUUGAUUUGAAACAGCAACAACAGAGAAUAAAGAUCGAAGCAAAAGCUACGCAGGCUGAAGCUUUGUCAGCUGAAUUGCAAGCUAUAAUGAUGCGACCAAUGCCACCUGCCAGAAAUACGGGUUUCGAUCCAUCGAGUAUUGUCAUUGAGAAAGGUUUCAAGCCGAUUCUGAAGAGAAAUCAUGAUUCAGAUUCAAGUGCUAGUAACAUCAAUCAGUUUGAUAGUAGAAGUGUGGAAAUUAUGUUACAGGAUGAGGAACCUAGAGAAGCAACGACUGAGAGGUAUAGUGAUAACUUUGAACCAGUUUUUAUUCCAUCGCCACCUGAUCGUAAUACAGCCAAAAAACAAGCGAAGAAGAAGACUCAACUUGUAAGGACAAAAUUGAAAUUGGACAAUAACAUGGAUAUUGCUAAUAAAGAAAAAGAACAAAUGGAUUACGCUUUCAUGUACCUAAGGAGUCCUAAGACUGGCACAUCAUUGUUGAUCACUGAGGAACAGAAUAAUUCAGCGGCAAUUAACACUCCUUUGGCUAGAACGAAGAGGCACGCGCAAAUAAGAAGUGAAGACUGGGACUUAACUUAUCGACGUGACCAUGACCCUGAUACUGUAAGGCAUGAUAAUCAUGAUCUUCAUGGUCACAGUGAAUAUGAUCAUCGAAAUCAUAAUAUACAUGAACAUGAACAUCAUCGUAGCGAGCAAGAAUUGAAAUCCGCUAGCACUGGAGAAAUCAUUUUUGCAAACAUAGAGUAUAUUGUCCUUACUGUCGUUUUAUAUUACGCGCUUUGAAAAAUAUGCAUAGCGAGCGCAUUUUCUGUUUUUUUUUGUAUUCUCCUUUUUUUGUAGCUUAAUGUUUAUAAAAAGGAAGAAUCUUGCAUGUACUGACAAAAGUCAUUUGGAAUUUUAAUAUUGACUGAUGUAUAAUGACUUUCACAAGAUAAUAGACUUUAAAGACCAGAAGAAAAUAUUUUUUCCCACGACAUAAACUUUCUUAGCAGGUAAAUCUUCUUAAUGAAUAAUAAUUUUUGAAGGUCAAAACUAUACUCGAGAUGUUUUAUAACUUUAAAAUUUUAUUUUGUAAACUUUUAUAGUUUUAUACAGUAAAUUAUCAAUCGUUUAA